GACUUUUAAGAAUAUUUAUCGACAUCCUCGUCUCGUGCUCCUUGCCUUUCUUUGUGAUUAAAAACGAGAGAAGCAUGAUCUAAUUUGGAUUAUAUUAUUUGCACUGCGUGAUGAAACUCGAUUAAAUCUUCCAUUUUUCCAUACGUCAUAGUCUUAUGAAACUGGUCUCAGGAUUCUUACGUUCUACGUAAUGUAUCCAUUAACGUGAAAGGUACAUUCGGCGAAGCAUCGAACAGUGACUGUGUGCUGAAAACAAUGUUGGGGUCAGACUCUACCGGAAUUGAUAUGAGAGUGGUACGAUCAAGUGUGCAUUCUGUGGCUACAGUUGGGAGUGCCAAACUUUGGUAACCUUCGGGUCGACCAAUUUAUUCAAGUAAAUUUCAUCCCGCCAUUUUAUGAGGCCAUCGUUAAAUCCAUGAAUCACGCGUCGUGGCAUAAAUCAGCGAUGCAGUCAAUAGCGAGCGCAAAAAUAACAGGAAAGCAAUGUUUGACGUAGGUGAGAGAAUUGAAGUUAUAUUCCUGGCAAAGUUCAGUUUAUAUAUUGGCUUUCGAUUCACCAGUUGUCCGAAAAACAUACGACAACUUCCAUUUUGAACGCCAAGUUCAGCGCCAAAUCUGUUGCGUCCCUUGACAUCGGCGAUUAAAUCGGUGGAAGGUCAACUCCUUAAUGUGUGCAACAAUACAAAUAAACGAUAACGAUCGCAAUUGUUGGUCAAGUAAGUGGCCAUAUUUACCGGCUCAUCCGAGACUGGCUGAGCUGCAUUCAGAAGCCAAGCCCCACGUGUAGUAUUUUGGCUUGGUUUGAGCACAACGAUGCGAUCAAGAGAGAACGUGGCCGCAAUCGCAUGCAGAGUUGAACACAAGUGAGAGAGAACAAUCAUUCGGGCCUUUUAUCGUGCGAUCGAGUGAGCAUAUUUUUCAAGGAAAGAAUCGAUUCGGUGAUUCGUGGUGAGAUCGACUUAAGAAGAGAACGAUGCUGAAUUCGAAUUCAAAUACCAUCGCCGAACACGGACCCGGCAAUCCCGGGAUCACCUCCCAGAUCACCGGACCUCAUAUCCCCCAGGACUUCACGGUCUCCCGAUUAUUGUCCACCACGACGCACCCCUUAGAUUGCAACGAGAGUUCCUCGGUGCCCGGAAGCAGGAGGCCAAGGAGAAGUCGUACUACGUUCUCGGCGCAACAAUUGGCCGCCUUGGAAAGAGUCUUUGAAAGAACUCAUUACCCGGACGCUUUCGUACGAGAAGAAUUGGCCACGAGAGUGUCGCUUUCCGAGGCGCGGGUGCAGGUAUGGUUUCAAAAUAGAAGAGCCAAGUUCCGCAGAAACGAGAGAAGUUCCGCUAUGAGCCGUGGUGUUUCAGCUAGCAGAGAAAUGGAGGCUGCGUUACCAUUAAGACCUAUCAGGGUAGCUCAUCCUCACGAGCACAAUCAAGCUUUAUCGACACCUCAAGUGCCGCAGUACACCUAUAGUGAUUACUGGCGAUCUCCGCAACAUUAUAGCGCAGUGCAAACAACUGCAAGUUGUCACGGAUUCGUUAAUGGCAAUUUAGGAAAUAUGGGAAUCGCCUCGUAUCAUCAGCAGGAAACUGGUCAUUCUGGUCUCGAUGGAUCUUCGAUGAAUAGUCUUAACUCGCUUAGACUUAGAACGCAUCCUUAUGGAAGUGCGUAUUCUGCAAUGCACGCGAGUAUGUGACCCAGUGGGACAGAUGCCGAUGAAA